AUGAAUCCGACGACCGCUGUUAUGUUUCCUACUGUCGCCCACACGACCAAUUCUGACUCCGAGCCCGCACAAUUCAUUUUACCUGACCUCAUCAAUGAUUGUCACUAUCCCUUGCGACAGAACCCUCACCGUGAUGCGGUGUCCCGCGCAACUAAUCAAUGGCUUGUUGACGUAGGGCAACUUGUAGAGCCCGAGAUCAGGGGGUAUCUUGAUGCGGACAUAGGCGGAUGUGCUGCCGUUUGCUAUCCUGAUGCAGAUGCUUUCCAUCUCCAAGUCUGCGCUGAAUGGCUUAUCUGGGCAUUCAUUGUGGACGAUUGGAUGGAGUGUGGUGUCGCCGAUGUACAGGAAGUGCAUGAAUACUUCAAUCUUGCAAUCCGCGAUCCCAUCAAUUUUGACACGGAACAGUCUGCGGCUUUAGGAAAACUGCCGGCCCCGGCUGCACAGAGCGGUUUUAUCCGCACGAUGGGAUUGUUCUUCGCUGCUGUGGCUAAGAAUUUGGACGACCGUGCUAAAGGACAUAUGUAUAAUUUGCAAUCUUUCCUCACCCUGAGGCGAAAUCUAAUCGGGACGAAGCCCUGCUUUGCCCUCGUCGAAUUUGUAGCGGUAAUUGAUCUUCCCGACGAGGUUGUGUCGCAUCCAGUUGUCAUGGCCUUGGAGGAAGCGGCCCUAGAUUAUGCUAUUUGGUCCAACGAUGUUUUCUCAUACAACAAGGAGCAAUCUCGCGGUAGCGCACCCUGGGAAAACAUAGUUGCCGUGACCAUGUACGAUCGAGGAUUAGACCUACAAGGCGCCAUGGACUACGCUGGCCAGAUGUGCAAAGAUGCCAUCCAGCGCUUUGAAUCCAACCGCGUUAUCCUCCCCUCGUGGGAAGAAGAGGUUGACAGGCAGGUGGCUAUCUACGUCGAAGGGUUGCAGAAUGUAAUGGUUGGCUCGCUUAACUGGUACCCUGAUUGCCCUCGCUAUGUUGGCAAGGAUGGACAUGCUAUCAAGCGGGACCGGAUCGUCAAGCUGCUCCCAAAAAGGCCCUUACUAUAG